AUGCGACCGGUGCUGACCCAGCUCUCGGGAGCGGAGCUCUCGGGGGAGACGCUUUGGGGCAAGGGGGCCGGAGGCGGCGCUGGAGGCUUCGCGGCGCGGGCGCGGAAAAAAGGCGCGCGGACGGCGCCAGUUCGCUGGCGGGGCAAAGAGGCCCUUCCGCGGGGGGAGGGCGCCACCCGCGAAAGCUUCGCCAACCUUCUCGCAGAUCUCCGGCGGCUCAGCGCGCGCGUGGCUGCCUCCGCGGCCACGUCGGCAGCGCUGCAGCAGGCGCUGGACGAGAAGGUCGCCACCCUCUCGGCGCAGCUGUCUGCGCUGCGCGCGCGUGCUACGCAUGCGGAGAGUGCCGCCGCAGAGCUGCAGGGCGAGCUGCAGGGGGUGCAGCAGGCGGGCGAGGCUGGUAGUCAAGAAGCGACUCAGUGGGACGACUACUUGCUCUCCCGCGACACGCCCAUCCUCCGCUCGCUCGCGCAGUGCCACGCCCACCUCGCCGCCGGAGCCGGCCUGCAGCUUAGAUGCAUCCACAGUGAGGCGGCCAGGCAGGCAGGCAAGUGGUCCCGCACCGCCCCGCGGCCGUAUGAGCUGGCGGUUCGGAACGAGGCCGAGGAGAUCUUCGUCGCCUUCAAGCUGCAGCUCGCCGCGCCCGUGCGCCCGUGGCAUUCCCCGCACACCCGCCGCCUCGUCGUGACGCACGUCGGGGUGCCCGAGCCGUUUCGGCGGCGUGGCGUCCUUUCGCGCACCAUGGACGCGCUCGCAGAGGCGGUGCUGCCCGACGAGAUCGAGGUCGACCGCGUGCUCUCCGACACGAUGCGCGCCUACUGCUGCUCGCGCGGCUACGACCUCGUGCCCGCGCAGCCAGGCGACGCGCUCACCGUGUGCCUCCUCAGCUCGUGCUUUCUCCUCCGGAACCUUCUCGGAACCCUCCUCCUGUAG